UAGUAUGCUAUACCAUACCCCCAAAAUGUCAUUGCACAUAGCAGAAUAAAAUAAUUUUUAAUGGAAAGCAGUUCACCCUUGAAGGCAUCGACUACUCUAGAAGAGCUUCGUCAAUAUAACAACCUUCUCCAAGCGGAAAAACAGUUUCUCGAGUAUGAGGUAAGCUGCAACUCAGAAAUGCUUCCACAGAUAACUUCACGAAGAAGAAAUGUGGUCUUUGAGGAGCGGCAAUACCUUGAGUCGUAUCUAAAGGCGUUGCAAUCGGGGGAUAAAGAUACUUGUCUUGGGAUUGAAACGGAGUUACAUAGAAGGUGCCUGAACGAAAAGAAGAAGGCCUCGGAGAUGGAAAGCUUACUUCACAGUGUUCGUGCUGAAGUCCAUCGUAUUUUAGCACAUAGUGCUUCGAAAUAGUAAAACUUUGCAAGUAGACAUAAAGCUAGGCCCUAUCUCUAUGAGAUGUGACAUGCUUCAUGUAUUUGAAAAUGAAUUCUUCUCCUUUCUCAA